CUCGUGAUUGGCCCUAACCCGUAUCCGGUGGGGCAGCGGUCCAGGGCUGGGGAAGAAACCAAACCUACGCGAGGAUCUCCAACUGUUACGCUUUGCUAUAAACCUUUUAUUCCGAGUCUUUAACGAGGGGCUCGGUGGGAUUUUGUAGAUAAUCCCAGGUCAGAGGUCAAGAGUCGGCAAAUCAGCGUCCCGGUGGAGGUCAUGGCGUCAGGCAGUACGAGUAGCGAGGAGGAGCGCAGCCUGCGCGAAUGUGAGCAGUACGUGCAGAAGCACAACAUCCAGCAGCUGCUGAAGGACUGCAUUGUCCAGCUGUGCACCUCCAGGCCAGAGAGACCCAUGGCCUUCCUCCGCGAGCACUUUGAGCGGCUGGAGAAGGAGGAGGCCAAACAGAUCCAGAACCAGCAGAAGGCCGGCAGCUCCCGGUCCGACUCGCGGGACGAGGAGGUGUCCCCGCCCAUGAACCCCGUGGUCAAAGGUCGCCGGCGAAGAGGAGCCUUCAGCGCAGAGGUCUACACAGAGGAGGACGCCGCAUCCUACGUCAGAAAGGUCAUUCCCAAAGACUACAAAACCAUGGCGGCGCUGGCCAAAGCCAUCGAGAAGAACGUGCUCUUCUCCCACCUGGAUGACAAUGAGAGGAGUGACAUAUUUGAUGCCAUGUUCCCCGUGACCUACAUCGCCGGGGAAACUGUAAUUCUGCAAGGUGCCGAAGGGGACAACUUCUAUGUCAUCGACCAGGGGGAGAUGGAUGUGUACGUGAACAACGACUGGGUGACGAGCAUCGGAGAAGGGGGCAGCUUCGGGGAGCUGGCGCUGAUCUACGGCACCCCGCGGGCCGCCACCGUCCGGGCCAGGACCAACGUCAAGCUGUGGGGCAUCGACCGCGACAGCUACCGGAGAAUACUCAUGGGAAGCACCUUGAGGAAGAGGAAGAUGUACGAGGAAUUCCUCCGCAAAGUGUCCAUCUUGGAAUCCCUUGACAAGUGGGAGCGUCUGACGGUGGCCGACGCCCUGGAGCCGGUUCAGUUCGAGGACGGACAGAAGAUUGUGGUCCAGGGAGAGCCCGGUGAUGAGUUCUUCAUCAUACUGGAGGUUUGCACCAACGGCUCUGCAGCAGUGUUGCAGCGUCGCUCAGAGAACGAGGAGUUUGUGGAGGUGGGGCGGUUAGGACCAUCUGACUACUUUGGGGAGAUUGCCUUGCUGAUGAACCGGCCCCGUGCUGCCACCGUGGUGGCCCGGGGGCCUCUGAAGUGUGUCAAGCUGGACCGGCCCCGCUUCGAGAGGGUUCUGGGGCCCUGCUCGGAUAUCCUGAAGCGCAACAUCCAACAGUACAACAGCUUCGUCUCACUGUCUGUCUGAGUUUCGACGGGGGGGUCCCUGACCCCCUUUCUCCAUCCAUCCCAGAUGUCCCCCACUCCUACCUCCACCCACCGCCUCUCCCCCACCUCCCCCUCCCCCCUCCCCUCUUCUCCUCUUUCUUUCACUCGGGUCCACCAAUGCAAUUUUUGCUUUGCAUCACUUUCUUCUCUCUCUACAGUUUCCCUUUUCGUUUCUUUUAUUCCGUCCCUGCACUUAAAGCUGUGCUUUUUUGGGUUGUUGUUACUGAAGGCCAACCGCCCUGCCGGUGUCCCGUCACCCUACAGGCGUUGACACAACGACAUGCUAGCCACUCCAUCGGUGUACGAGCAGAAUCGCCCUUCCUUUACACUUGUGAUUUGGUAGUCGUGAUCAUUGUUAAUUUUUUUUUUAUUAUUUUUUUCAAAGCUUUGUAGGACAAUCAAAUGGGAAGCUCCCGUUACACGUUAAUUCCCUCAAGUGGUUGAAGUGUAAAAACUAAAAUGAAGAAGAGGAGGGGCCCUGAGGGCCCCUUGAGCAGCAGUGGAUGAAGAAUUGUGUUGUUUAUGUUUGAGUCUCGAUUUGACUUUCUUUUGUUGUGCUGUCGAGCAAGACUGAAAAAAAUAUUAAAUCGGAUUUACUUUGUUGUGUAUGGAUUUUAGGGCAGCCAAUUAUGUGUCCCUAUAAAACAGCUAGGUUAUAAUCGAUGGUUAAGCUAAUCAUUAGCACCUCCCAAUUAGGGUUUACUUUUUGGAAGCCGUCCCCCAACCCCCACAUGGACC